AUGAAGAUCCUGGACCUCCUUCUCCUCUUCCUCCCUCUCUUCUUCGCCAUUCCAAUUCAAUCCUCAUCAUCACAGCCACAUUUUCUCAGAUCAUCGACAAAAACUUUCAGUAAUCAGAGAAGUGAUGCCGCACCUCAACGGUACUUCGAAGUCACACACCCACUUCCCACCGACGACAUUACUCCGGCAUGCUCCGUCAGCGUACUCAAUCACAGCUUCGGAUACACCUACGGCAGUCCACCUGUCACAGUGAGCUACACCCCGCCUCCGGCGACAUGUGAAUGGUCCCUUGCCGUACUUGAAUUCCGAGCUGAAUGUAAAGGUGAGCAGUACGACCGUAUCGCCGGAGUCUGGGUUGAUGGAGUAGAGUUGUUGCGUACGAGUACUGCUCAGCCGACUGAAGAUGGUAUUUUCUGGAGUGUUCGGAAGGAUGUGACUAGGUAUUCUUCGAUUAUUUCUCAGCCCAAUCUCACCCUCGCCGUUAUGCUCGAAAACAUUGUCAACGACGAAUUCACCGGCGCUUACCACGUUAAUAUAUCUUUCCUCUAUUACUCCGAUAAAGUCGCUAGGGUUCCGUUAUCUAUCGUUCCGGGAGAAUCAGGAGCUAACUCGUUCAAUAGAAAAUUGAUUUCUGUUAAUUCACAUGAAAAUGAGAAUAAUUUAGAGGUCGGUCGAGUUUUAAAUUCGUUGUAUCCGUAUAAUAAGCCAGCAGAUUUGGUUCUACCGAUAUCAGGUGCUCUUGAUGAGGAGUUUUGGUUUAGAAUUCAAGAUGAAUUUCAUAUCCAAACGACAAAUCUUCAAAUUUCUCAGAAGACUUACAAAGCGGUGCUUGAAUUGUAUGUUUCGUUUCAUGGAGACGAUGAAUUCUGGUACAUGAAUCCUUCAGAUUCAUAUGUAGAAACCAACCAUUUGGCCACCGGAAGAGCUCACGGGGCAUACCGUGAAGUAUUGGUGACGAUUGACGGUCAAUUAGUCGGAUCAGUGAUUCCUUUCCCGGUGAUAUUCACCGGCGGAAUCAAUCCACUGUUUUGGGAGCCUGUUGUCUCCAUUGGAGCUUUUGAUCUUCCUACUUAUGAUAUCGAUUUGACGCCAUUUCUAGGGCUUCUUUUAGAUAACAAAAAACAUUCAAUCGGGCUUCAGGUUGCUGAUGGUAUCUCCUUUUGGCUUAUCGAUGCAAAUCUACAUCUCUGGUUGGAUCAUACAGAUGUAAACGCUGAAACUGUGAAGUAUAAAGUCCCAUCAAUGGAGAUCCAACGUAAAUCUGAGUUCGUACUCCUUGAUGGAGAAUUCGAAGUAGAAGGAGAAAGGAGUAGUCAAGCUACCGGAUGGGUAAAUUCAAGCUUCGGCAAUCUGAAAACCCAAUUUACCGAAAAAACCAAAUUCAAGAGCAAGCUCAAGUUCAAAUCAGAGGGAACUAAGAAAGAACUCGACCAACAGAUCAAAAGGAAGACGAAAAUCAAAAUCUCAAAUGAGAUGGGUCAAUUGAUUGGAAAUUUAGAAGUAAAAAUAGAUUACCCUCUGAAGAUCUCCAUGGAUACUCAGCCCGGAGUAGAUAAAGACACCUCUUUGAUGAUCACGAAGGUGGAGCAAGAACGAAGUGAGAGGUUUUAUGGUGAGAAAAAAUCUAGGGUUUUGAGUCACAAGCAGAAUUGUAAUGGUUCGAUGGUGGUUAUGGGUAAUUCUGUUCUAUCAGGUUCAGCCGAUAAUCAUCAGAAUUACAAUUACCAGGAUGAAUUUGGUUGUUAUUCUCGAAAUGUUGGUGUGGUGGAUGGUGAUGUUGUUGGGGAUCAAACGUUCUUCACUUGUGAAGCUUAG